AUGAAUGCCUCUUUAGUUGUUACUCCGUUGGUGAGCGCCAAGGAACAGAUGAGAUCAAGCUCAUUGAAAGUUGCAAGACCUGGUGAUACUUUGAACGAGAAGAGAAAUGUGAUGGUGACGAAAAGCUCUCUGAAAGUUGGUGAUACUAUGAAUGGAAAGCUUAACGAUGGACGAAUUAGCUGUAUUCUUAAAUUGAUUCACAUGGAAGUUAAAAGUACACUUUGGACAACUACGUGA